AUGUGCGGUAUCGUCGCCCACUUGGAGCUGCCGGGUCCCUCGCCUGUUGUGCUGCCGCCGCCCGACCUCGACGCGGCCUUGGGCCUGCUGCACCACCGCGGUCCCGACGGCCGUGGGACGUGGACCGACGCGAACACCGUCGGGCUGGGCCACACGCGGCUCUCGAUCAUGGACGUGGCCCACGGCGCGCAGCCGCUGCACGCGCCGGACGACGUCCACGCGGUCGUCAACGGCGAGUUUUACGAGUUCGAGGCGAUCCGCGCGGCCUUGAUUAGUGACGGACACGUCUUUGCGACGCAGAGCGACUCGGAGAUCCUUGUGCAUCUCUACCGCGAGCACGGCGUCGACGCGCUUGAGCACCUUGUCGGCGAGUUUGCCUUUGUGCUCUGGGACGGCGCGCGCCAGCAGCUAUUCUGUGGCCGCGACCGGUACGGCAUCAAGCCGCUCUUCUACACCCAAGUAGGCAACCGCUUCCUUGUCGCAAGCGAGGCCAAAGCAUUUCUAGCGCUCGGAUGGUCGCCGCAGUGGGACGUGCAUGCGAUUGCGAGCAGCGGGUACUUCUCCGACCAACGCACGCUCUUUCUUGGUGUCAACAAGCUGCCGCCUGCGCACUCGCUGGUGGUGUCGGCCUCGGGGUCGAAGCGUCUCGAGUGCUACUUUCGUCCGACGUUUCCGCACAAGCGCCAAGUCGAUCCGCGCUCGCUCGACGAGAUGGUUGCUGGCGUGCGCGACCGGCUCUACGACGCGGUGCGCACGCGUCUCCGCAGCGACGUACCCGUGGCCGUGUACCUCAGUGGCGGCAUCGACUCGUCGUCGGUGCUCGGUAUCGCACUCGACAUUUUGCGUCAAACCGAUCCGGAUGCGCAACUAGACGCGUUUACCAUUUCGUUCACCGACCGCGAGUACGACGGCGUCGGCUAUGACGAAGGCGACGUGGCCGCCCGCACCGCGUCGCACGCGCGCACGCGUCACCACGUGCUCAAGAUCACGCAAGCCGACUUGACCGCGGCCUUUGCCGACGCCGUGUGGCACUGGGAAGCACCGCUCAACGAUUUCAACGGCGCCGCCAAGUUUCUCCUCUCGCGCUACGUGCGCGACGCUGGUUUCAAGGUCGUCCUCACAGGUGAAGGCGCGGACGAGCAUUUUGCUGGCUACUCGAUGUUUUACCCGGAUUUCUUUCGGCACGAGACAACGCCGCCUGCACUGCCCACCGCCGACCGCGUCGCUCGCUUGGCGGCGAUUGAAGCAACCGACAUGAAAAUGUGGAGUGCGAUCGGCUGUGUGCCUAUGUCGUUCGACGACGAAGUCCAAAGCCGAACUCGUCUUGCGAACGUGAGUAUUCAUCGACUCUUGUCGACGAUUUGCGGGCUCCCCAAGCCGCUGUUUCUGCCUCCCAUUGCGCCAUCGACCAUGGACGCGUACGUGCACGCGCUGUCGCCGGAUGAGCGGCGUCUGGCGCGGGACGAGUGGCACCCGCUGCACACGGCGCUGUGCCUAGAGACGCGCGUGCACUUGCCCAACUACUUGUGCAACCACUUGGGCGACCGCAGCGAGAUGGCGCACUCGAUCGAAGGUCGCGUGCCGUUCUUGGACCACCGGCUCACGAGCUACGUCAAUGGUCUCCCACCAAACGUCAAGCUCCGCGUCGUCGACGGUACCCUCGUCGACAAGUGGGUGCUGCGCGAAGCCGCCAAGCCGUUCAUCUCGGACGAGCUGUAUACGCGGCCUAAAAAGCCAUUUCUGGCGCCGCCCUGUGACAUGGCCGACGACGACGUCCAGUGGCGAUUCCUUCAAAAUACGAUUACGCAAGACGCAGUAGCGCAACUGGGCUGGAUGGACUGGGGCUAUGUGGUCGCGACCCUCGACCGCUUCCGGACAACGAGCGACCGCCAAGCGUACAACUGCCUCAACAUUGUCGCGUCGUUCAUCGUGCUGAGUCGUCAGUUCAAGGUGCCCCCGGCGACGCCAUUGCAAAAGCAGUAGAUCCAAGCUCGUGUUAUUUCAAAACGCUCGAUGAGUCUCGACGGA